ACGGAUAUAACCCAAAUGGCGACUAUUUCAGCCAAGAGUCAUAAUGUACGACAGCACUUUCUGGACUUCAUAACCCUCAGUAGAGAGAGUCAGUCUUCCCUCUCUCCUUAUGUAUCACCGUCUGCGAUUGUAGACUGUCUGGAGAGAUUUUCUUUGUGGGCAGGUAACAUGGGUGCAAUGCGUAGCCCUCAAACACCACUAUCGCUCGACCAGCGACUCUCUCAAGCAGCAGAUAUCGGAGAGCAGAUAAAUCGACAGCUAGGCGAGAUUGAGGAAGCCAUUGAUGAUUUAACGAACAUCAUUCGCCAUCCAAUUUCAAAUAGAGAUAUCGCAAUCGAUCAGGAUAACAACUCUUCCAUAGUCGGAAUAAGCGCAAUCGAAAAGACCAGCAAAGGCUCUCUUGAUGAGGCCAGUAUUAAUUUACAGAUAAUCCACGAAUGCAUAAAUUCUCUCUUUCGUUUAGGUAUGCUUAUUAGAAAGCUAUCGCCACGCGACCGAUUUAAGCAAGCACUUCUAAAUUCCGACUUGACAUUCCCGGAUUCUUUCGAUAUUGAUUAUGUGAAAAACAAAUAUCCCAAAAUAGCUAAUAGUCCGUUAUCAAUAAGAGUUGGCGGUGGAAUCGCCAAAAGGAGAAACUUCAUUAGAUACUGCAGAGAUCACCGAUCUCGACUGGGUAUAGAUGAAACUACAAUUCAUAAUGCCACGGACACCGAGCUGCUAUCAAGUAAAGCUACAACAUUUGCUCCUCUCCCAAAUUUCAACUUGACUCUACAAGAAGAGGAAUUCGAUGAUUUCUCUCUUGUUAGCGCUUCAACAAUGGCAACUUCUUUAUCAAAUCUAACGUUACCGCGUUUGGUCGACUUAGCUCCAACAAAUCAGCCAUUUGAGUGUCCGAUAUGCUUCACUAUACAGUCUUUUCGGCAUGAAAAAUCUUGGAAACUUCAUGCAUUUCGUGAUCUGAAAGCAUAUGUGUGCACGCAAGGCGGUGUUGAAUGCGAUGCAGAGUUUUUCGAAGAUCGUGAUUCAUGGUUUGAGCAUGAGCUACAAAAACACAGAUCACGAUAUUCCUGCAUCUUGUGUAAAUCAGCUGGCUUUUCUGAUCCAGAUUUGCAAGACCAUAUCCUGAAAGUUCAUGGGGAUUUCUCGGAUUCUCAGCUACGGAUGCUUCAAGAAGGAGGUAGAAAAUGUCCCACGCAAUUUGAAGCGCGAGAUUGUCCAUUUUGCGAUGAAUGGGCAGAAGAGUUGCUACAGAAGUCGAAUUCAGGGAGCCAACCAUUUAAAUCAAUUCAAGGGAUACUCGUAAACCAUGAACGGUUCAAAAGACAUGUUGCUUCUCAUCAAGAGCAGCUGGCAAUUUUCGCCGUACCACGAGCUAAUGAAGAUGAAGAUUUACCGAUCUCUGGUUCAAUUACACAUUCAGUUGAAGUGCCAACAUCUAUUGCAACGGAUAUUAAUGCACCGCAAGAUGAAGAUGUCGAAGGAGAAAAUGUCUUCGAACAGAAUACACAUGAUGUGCCAGAUGACAUAUCAAGCAACCACAGCACCACAAGCAAAGAUGAUAUGCCCAAUGCACAACGAACCAAUGCCUUUAUUGGGGUUGAACAUAAUAAUGAGAUCCAAGAAAUUGCUACUGUUGAUAAUUCUCCAAGAGCGUCAAUGAUAAGCCCAAUUUCAACUUCAUCAGCAGAGGAGAAUCUCAAAAUAGUGCCCGUCAAAAGUCGAAGAAAUUCCAGUACAGUUCAUAGUUGGACAUGCUGUAGUUGUGGCAUGGGUGCUUUCAUCUAUGAGAUAACAGUCCAGUGCUUAGAACCAACCUGUCAGCACAGACGUUGUUCCCACUGUUCCGUAAAGUUGGAAUCAGUUGGGCCUAGCCAGAAAGCUCAGUGGAGCACCCCUUUUCUUUGACAGCAACCUAGCUACUUAUAUAGGCCGUUUCAGUAUUUUCCUUUGUACCAAUACAAGGCUCUUUGUAACCUCUAUCAUAUGCUCUGUUUGACCAAUCCGAGCGUUCCAACACGUAAUUAUCAUAUAGCCAAAGUUCGAGAAAAAUUUAC